UCCGCGGCUAGGCCCGUUUCCUGUAGGUUCAGUGGACCCGGAGACUGAGGUGGUGCGGCACCAGCGUUGUCUACUGAGCUUUCCCAGGCGUGAGCAGCUAUGUCGGCGGCUUUUCGGAAGGCAGCUAAGUCCCGACAGCGGGAACACCGAGAGCGAAGCCAGCCUGGCUUUCGAAAACAUCUGGGCUUGCUGGAGAAAAAGAAAGAUUACAAAAUUCGUGCAAAUGACUACCGGAAAAAGCAAGAAUACCUCAGAGCUCUUCGAAAGAAAGCUCUUGAAAAAAAUCCAGAUGAAUUCUACUAUAAAAUGACUCGAGUUAAACUCCAGGAUGGAGUUCAUGUUAUCCCGCAGACUAAGGAAGAAGUAACUCCAGAACAGCUGAAACUGAUGAGAACUCAGGAUGUCAAAUAUAUAGAAAUGAAAAGGGUUGCGGAAGCGAAGAAAAUCGAAAGGCUGAAAUCAGAGCUCCACCUGCUGGACUUCCAGGGAAAGCAACAGAAUAAGCAUGUGUUCUUUUUUGACACUAAAAAGGAAGUUGAGCGGUUUGAUAUUGCAACUCACCUGCGAACUGCCCCGGAAUUAGUGGACAGAGUCUUUAAUAGACCCACCAUCGAGACCUUGCAGAAGGAGAAAGUGAAAGGAGUUACUCAUCAGACUCGACUUAAGCGGAUCGCUAAAGAAAGGCAAAAGCAGUAUAACUGCCUGACACAGCGGAUUGAACGCGAGAGGAAAUUGUUCGUCAUUGCACAGAAAAUUCAAACGCGCAAAGAUCUUCUGGAUAAAACUCGGAAGGUGAAGGUGAAGAAAGAAACGGUGAACUCCCCUGCUAUUUACAAAUUUCAGAGUCGCCGGAAACGUUGAAGUGUUAUAGAUAAGCCUUGUCAUUCCAAAUGGAAAAGAAUUCUAUGUCCUUUCCCCCCAGUAACUUCAAAUUCCAUUCCUAUAAAUGCGAUGGUGUUCCUGUUUGUAAUUAUAAUUUAUUGCAGAUCUGACAUUUGAUAUAAACAACAUCAAUGCUCCUUUCCCCUCUUAUGGUUUUGGGUUGUGAAAUUAGUCUUAUUUUUAUAUACUUACUUUUUUUUAAAUUAUGAAAGCUUCAUAUCUCAUUACAGCAAGUUUGGGAAAUAAAUGAGUUCAUUUUAAUGCCAA